CACUGCUGGGACGAGAACGUGGGCAAGUCUUCCAUACAACGAAAAGGCGCCGCUGUAGUACUUUGCGUUGUUGGAAAAGCAGCAGGCUUGAUCAAAAUGUCAAAGAGCAGUUUGAUCGUUCUGGCUGUUUUCUUCACCCUGUCAGCAUGGCCUGCCAGUGGCCAGUCUGUGCCCAACAGACCAUACAUUAACGCACUGCCUAGUGGUUUUCUGGACAACUUUGACGGAUGGGCUAAGUAUGAGUGGAGACCAAAGAAUAGUACAUGUGUACCUUCCUGUGGAUAUGGCCGUACCAUACAGGUUACCUAUGAGUGUUGGGCUGCAACAAACGGAGGCGACGAAUUACAUGUAGUAGACAAUUGGUGCAUUACUGCAGUUGGACCCAGGCCUGCUCUCUUUGAUAUACCCUGUGGUUUAAAGCCAGAUCAAGACUGUGAUUGUCCAGAGGGAGUGCCAACGUUAGUCUUUACACAUUUUGCAGAGUGUGUACAGCCGUGUGGUGGAAAGUUAGAACGAAGUGCAAAGUGCAUCAACUAUGACUUCUUCUGUGAGCAAGAAGGUUCUGAUCAGGCUAUUACAAAUUGUGCUCGAAUUAUCGAUACAGAAGAGGAUUGUGGACAGGACCUUGUUGCUACCUGCAGUACCUACGGAUGGGUUGGUACUGGUAAAAUUACCAGAAAUGCGACUUGUGGUGUUGUUGAAAAACGGGAAGUUAUGGCAUGUCAGGUGCUCAUCUUUCUGAGACGAGGACAGAACACUUUUCUGGUGCCAGAUGUAGAGUGUUUAGCGUUUGGACGACUAACUCUACAGUCAAAGGAAGAAGCGAGUGUUAGUUAUUCAACGGAAAUGUGUAAUUAUGUGCCAUCAGAAUGGACUGAAUGUGAUGCUGCAUGUGGCACAGGUACUCGAACAAGAACAAGAAAAUGCAUGCAAAGAGGAAGACGUGAAGUACCUGAGGAGAAUUGUCAGGAUUACUCUGGAAUUGUAGAUGUCCCUACUUCUGAAAGUUGCAGUAUUACUUGCGAAUACAGGCCUAGAGAAUGGAGUGCAUGCAGUGCCACUUGUGGUGAUGGUACAAGACAAAGAGAAAGGCGUUGUGUUCAGAUAAUAAAUGGCAUUGAAACGGGAGUUGAUUUUGAUGAAUGUGCCAAAGAUCCAAGUGUUGUCGUUCAGCCACGAGUAGAGACUGAAAGUUGCAGAAUAAGAGAUUGUGUAUGUGAAGAGCCCUACUAUUCUGCUGAGGAUUUUGGUCCCUGUUCAGCAACAUGUGAAGGCACGCAGACUCGUACUAUCAGAUGUGACUGUCGUGUGGAAGGUGUGAUACGACAAGAAAACAUGAGCGUAUGUCAAGCACUGACUACUGGUCCUUUUCCAGCAACAGAGAGACCAUGCAACGAUAUUCCAUGUCCAACUUACCAUUAUAGAAUGGGGAGUUGGGGAGAUUGUGACUCAACUUGUGGUGCUGGCCAGCGCCGCCGUCCAGUUCAGUGCAUCAAGACACAAGGAGCUGUUGUUACUGUUGUACCUCUGCAAGAGUGUAUUGAUAAUGGUGCAGGUCAACCACCCACUGAUGUUGAAAGCUGUAACAGCAGGUGCAGAUAUCAAGUCUUUCCAUAUCAAGAGUGUUCAGUUACAUGUGGAGGAGGAAUCCAAACAAGACUCGUCUUCUGUAUUAGAACAACUGAUACUGGAAGUGAAAGAGUGACUUUGGCCGAAUGUGCUAAUGAUCCCACCAAUACCGAAGCUUUACCAGAAACUGAACAAGCUUGUAAUGAGCAGGAAUGUCCAUGCUUGAAUCCUCGAUGGCAGCCCAGCGUGUGGUCAGACUGUUCUCUAACGUGUGGAAAUGGAACACGAACCAGGACUGUGGAGUGUCGUUGUUUCAUAAGUGGACGGGACACGGUCGCCCCAGAUGAGAAAUGCGAAGGCCAGAGGCGUCCUCAUCUGAGAGAGAACUGUUACACACGUUGUCCUUGUGUUGAUCCUCAAUAUGUGGCUCUCCCAUUUGGUCCAUGUGACAAGACAUGCGGUAGUGAUGCAUUUAGAAAACGAGACUUAGAAUGUCAUUGUCAGAGGGGAGAAGAAGAGGCAGUCGAGGACAUAGAACUGUGUGACAACAGAAUUCCAGAACAGAAGCCUGUUGUAGUUGAACCGUGUGAGCUUGGUGAUUGUCCAUGCACUAAUGAUACCAUCAGAUAUCUCUACACCAGGUGGGGUGAUUGUGACAGAGAAUGUGAAGGUACAAGGAGACGAAAGGUCCAAUGUCGCUGUGAAAAAGAAAAUGUAGACAAGUGGGUUGAUGACGAGAUUUGUGUGCGAUACCUUGGUCAAGCUCCAGUUAUCAGUGAGAAAUGUGAACCUCCAUGUGUGGCAGAGUGGAGGACAGUGACAAGCUGGACUGCUUGUUCAAAGUCAUGUGGCCAAGGAACCAAGACAAGGGUAGUUGUGUGUGAGGUAUUUGCCAAUGGCAGACUGGUAGAUCGAGGUAAUGAUUCACAAUGCAUUGGUGCCGACAAACCCAUUGAAAGUAUGGAGUGUACGGGUGCAGUACCUGAAGACAAGGCUGUAUGGAUCACCUCAGGAUGGACUACUUGUUCCAAUACGUGUGGAGUUGGAGUGAAACAUCGCCAAGUAAAGUGUGUAGACAAAUGCACUGGACGGGCAAGAGGCGACCGGCGCUGUCUCGCAUCCACAAAGCCCUAUCACAAACAGGGAUGCAACUUAGUCCCAUGUGAGUAUGACAAUUGUGUAGACAAACGAGAUGGACUCAACUGUGACAUGGUAGUACGUCUCAAUAUGUGUGAAGACAUCAAGCAUCACCGGGACUGCUGCCAGUCGUGUCGUCACGUUUUGCUGGGGAAACGUUAGAUCAGCUCAUAAAAACAGGACCGUGAUAUACUGAUGAUAUGGUUUUUUUGCUUUUUGCUUUUGUGUUGAUUGGCUUUCUUGUAGACGUUAAUGGUCCGUCAUUUCAGUGAUGGCAUUGCUUGUAUUUCAGUAUGCCAGGAAGUUUUCACACUGGCCAAUCACUUACAAGUUGGCUAGUUUUGUCAGAUCCAUUACCCUAGUGAGCUUUGCUUAGGUUUCCAUCAUGGAUGUUGAUGUCAUGAAACAAAA